AUGUGCUGCCGCUUGCCAUAUCUGGUUCAAGCCUUCGCGGAGCUGGCAUGGAUGCCGGUGCGUGUCCGGUGGAGGCGCUGCUGCUGCGGACAGAAAUGUGCGCGGCCGCGGAUCUCUCUGUACGUGGGGCUGGGCCUCUUGGCGUUUUGGAACGGCAUCAGCUGGCAGUGGUCGGAGACCCUGCGGACCCAGUGGGCUGCCUCCAGCAGCGACGUCUUUGCAGUCCCCGUCCACUUCAGGGCAGUGAGCCCACCCGGUGCCGAGGCGCCCCGUCCCCGCGCCGUCGGCGGCCCGCAAGAGGAGCGCCCGCGCGAGACCAGCGGGGAGGUGCCCGGAGCCCUGACCGAUGGAGACUGCACUCACGUCGCGCCGCAGGACUUGUCGUCGCAGGACGCGAUGGAGCGCGGCGGCUGGCAGUUCCAGGCGCCUGGCGCGCUGUUCGGCGACCGCUUCGAGGCCGGGCCCACGGGGGGCGAGUCUCGGCUGAGCAUGCCCUUCCAGAGGCACGGCGUCACGAGGAUGCUCGUGCGCAACUCCGGCGUGGCCGGCGGUGACCCAGCAGUGCGGGGUCGCGGGAGCGGCAGCGGGCUUGUCGUGGUGGAGUUCGCGGGGACACUGAUCCUCGAGCUGCGGCAGGGCGAGGAGUGCCGCCUGGAGGUGCGGCACGAGCCCGGGGACGAGCUCGCGAUCUCGGAGGAGGGGGGCCGCGCCUGGCUCCAGGACCUGUCGUGGUGCGCCGCCGCCCCCGCCGCGCCCGCGGGGAGUUCCGGGCCCGCCGGCGCCUGCGUGCCCGGGGAGCGCGUGCGGCUGGGCUGGGCGGGCUGCGCGGAGUGGGGGCCCGCGGGGCGUGCCGAGGGCAGGGUGGACAGGGUGCUGAACGACACGCACGCGGCGGUCUGGCUCACAGGCGGCUUCACGCCGCCCGCCCCCGCGCAGGCGGUCGCCUUCGUGCCGUCGUCUCCCCUCGUGUCUUACUCGGACCAGGGCACCUGUGGCGCCCGCGGGGACGACGCCAAGGCGGACCCUACCUACUGCUCAGCUGGAAUGGAGCUUCUCGUCGAGAAGCCGAUGGAUAGUUACAAGGUGCAGGCGACCGUCAAUGGCUGCAACUACUUCUCCUACAAAGUGUCUGAUGUGCGGUCGAGCACCGGAGGCGGCGGUCCGCACAAGUGUUGCCUUAUGGGAAGCUUAUUCCUUUGUCUUUCCAAUCUCAAGGGCAGAACACGCCCUCUCAGCCUUGCGGAAGCUUUAGAUACGAGCGGCGCCGCAUCGGAAUCGUGUUGGUUGGCGACACCAGGUUCCAGAAGAAGUACACGACUCAAAUACAGAGUCUGGAUUGCUACACGCAGCGCCACGGCUACGAGUUUAUCAAGUUGA